AUGGAUCAAUCCAAUAUAGAGUGUGUGUACAUAACAGACACUCUCACCUCAGACAGAAACACACACACACGCACAGUCAGACAGCUGUUGUGUGGUGUGUGUAGUGAAUCCAGCUUUGCCUUGGCAUCCCCAGACCCAGAGAGGAGCCUGUGCUUGACGGAGGGCUGCAUCGUGGUGGCCAGUAAGAUAGUGGAGGCGCUGGACCGCAGCGUGGACCCCUGCCAGGACUUCUACCAGUACGCCUGUGGGGGCUGGGUCCGCAAGAACCCCCUCCCCGACGGACGCUCCCGCUGGAGCACCUUCAACAGCAUCUGGGACCAGAACCAGGCCCUGCUCAAGCAUCUGCUGGAGAAUGGCACGUUCAACUCCAGCAGCGAGGCAGAGAGGAAGACCCAGUUCUACUACCUGUCCUGUCUGAACGAGCAGCGCAUCGACGAGCUGGGAGCUCAGCCUCUCAUCGACCUCAUCGCCAAGAGCGGGGGAUGGAACAUCACAGGGCCGUGGGAUCAGGAUAACUUCAUGGAGGUUCUGAAGAUGGUGUCGGGGCCGUACCGUGCCCAGCCCUUCUUUACUGUGGGCGUCAGCGUGGACCCCAAGAACUCCAACAGCAACGUCAUCCAGGUGGACCAAUCAGGGUUGUUUCUGCCCUCCCGCGAGUAUUACCUCAACAAGACAGCCAAUGAAAAGGUUCUGAAGGCCUACCUUGACUACAUGGUGGAGCUGGGCUUGCUGCUGGGCGGAGAGAGGAACUCCACAGAGCGGCAGAUGCAGCAGAUCCUGGACUUUGAGACGGCGCUCGCCAACAUCACCGUGCCGCAGGACGAACGCAGGGACGAGGAGAAGAUCUACCACAAGAUCACCAUCGCUGACCUGCAGGUCCUGGCGCCGGCGGUAGAUUGGCUGGACUACCUGAUCUCGGCCCUGUCUCCCCUGGACCUGAAUACCACAGAGCCUGUGGUGGUGUAUGCCAAGGACUACCUGCAGCAGCUGUCUGAACUCAUCAACAGGACGGACCGCAGUCUGCUGAACAACUACAUGAUGUGGAACCUGGUCCAGAAGGGCGUCUCCAGUCUGGACCAGCGCUUUGAGAACGCUCAGGACAAGCUGCUGGAGAGUCUGUACGGAACCAAGAAGUCCUGCACGCCCAGGUGGCAGACCUGCAUUGGGAACACAGACGACACUCUUGGCUUCGCUCUUGGAGCUCUGUUCGUCAAAGCCACGUUCGACAAACACAGCAAGGAGAUUGCUGAGGGGAUGAUCAACGAGAUCCGCACAGCGUUCAAAGCAGCUCUGGACCAGCUGAACUGGAUGGACCAGCACACGAGGCAGGCUGCCAAGGAGAAGGCGGACGCCAUCUAUGACAUGAUAGGAUUCCCUGACUUCAUCCUGGAUCCUAAGGAGCUGGAUGAUGUUUAUGAUGGGUAUGAUGUGUCAGAAGACAACUUCUUCCAGAACAUGCUGAACUUCUACAACUUCUCUGCCAGGGUGAUGGCUGACCAGCUCCGCAAGCCCCCCAACAGAGACCAGUGGAGUAUGACUCCUCCCACGGUCAACGCCUACUACAUGCCCACCAAGAACGGCAUCGUGUUCCCCGCUGGGAUCCUCCAGGCCCCCUUCUACGCCCAGGACCACCCCAAAGCUCUCAACUUCGGGGGCAUCGGAGUAGUGAUGGGACACGAGCUCACCCACGCCUUCGACGACCAGGGAAGGGAAUACGACAAAGACGGGAACCUUCGACCCUGGUGGCAGAAUUCCUCGGUGGAAGCUUUUAAGAACCGGACCGAGUGCAUGGUGGAGCAGUACAGCCAGUACACCAUCAACGGGGAGCACAUCAACGGCAAACAGACGCUGGGCGAGAACAUCGCAGACAACGGCGGGCUGAAGGCGGCCUACAAUGCUUACAAGACGUGGGCGCAGCAGAACGGUGAGGAGAAGAGGCUCCCGGCGGUGAACCUGACCAACGACCAGCUCUUCUUCGUGGGUUUUGCCCAGGUGUGGUGUUCCGUACGGACCCCAGAGAGUGCCCACGAGGGUCUCAUGACUGACCCACACAGCCCCCCCAAAUUCCGGGUCAUCGGCACCCUCUCCAACUCACCAGACUUUGCCGAGCACUUCCAGUGCUCUACUGGGUCCCCCAUGAACUCAGGACACCGCUGUGAGGUGUGGUAGGGGCCCCCAGGGGGGCACAGGACAGCUGGCCACCAGGGAGCGCUGUCUCUGGAGGCUACUUGGACGGAGGAGGAGACGCCCAUGUUGGACGGACAUGUCAUCAUCAGUUGUCUUUUGGAGGGGGGGGACUGGGGAGAUUUGUAGUUGAAAGACAUGAAUCUGGAUGACUGGUCGUUGAAGUUGCACAAAGGAUUCUGAGAUUUAGAGGCGAGAUGGAGAGAGAUGGAGCGAGAUGUGUUGGUGUCCAGAGUGAGGGGAUGGUGUGUUCCUGCUCUCUACAAAACCUUCGCAACAACCUCCCUGUGCAACCUUGUGUGGAGUGAAGUUAUGUCUUAUUUAUUGUUUCCUGGACUUGGUAAGGAGGCGGGGUCAGGAUCACAUACUACUAUGCUUCUGUGUCGUUGCUGUUGCUGUGUUUCCUGUUUACAAUCGAACCCAGAGCUGUUCUCCAAUCCAGAGAACUCUCGCUGAAACCACUGUGACCUCACAGCAUGUGCUCCGCGCUCUCUGUGACCUCAGAGUCUUGAACCUUCACUGUGACUCAGGAAAUGACUCCUAGGUUCCCUCACAGGCGUUGGUCGGUUCCCUCUGUGACAUCACAGAGAGGGCGGAGGAAGCUUCACUGUGAUCUCACAGCAGGAAUCGGAAGACCUUUUCACAACUCCUCCACAGAGAAUCUCCCCCGGGUAGACUGCAGGCUUGAGAUAGCUUGGGGUUAGCGUAGCCUGUUCACACAAGCAUUUGUUAGCCCUAGACUAAGCACUGUGUUCUGAUAGAUCUUUGGGGAACUAGCUUCAAAAUGUCUUUGCUAACCUGGCUAACUAGACGUUAGCGUUGGGUUAACAGCUCAGCUAGCCCGGGGCUAAAAAGGCACUUUUUUUCCUGAGGCUGAAAUUGUGUGAAACGGCCUAUAGAAUAUAUACCAUACCUUCCACAGUGUCCUAUGGUCCAUAGCUUCGUAUAUUGGAGUACAAGACUACAGAGACAUGAACAUGGCCCUCUGAAAGACCAUGUUGCUUUUCCACCUCCGUACCACCAGGGGGAGACAUUGGGCGGUCACACAGUCACAGGAUGAGAGCCACCUGGUGACCUGACUGGCAUCGCCAUGGAAACCGUCGUUCUGUUCCUCUACAUGUUAUUACGGGCACAUAUGGACAGUGAUGUGAUGAAGUUCAGAUGAGAUUCUCCUUUAUGAUGAUUUUUUUUACUGCUUUUGCCAAAGAUUAAGUUCUGCUCUUGUGCUUGUCUGGUUUCUUCUGUUUGCUUGUUAGUUGACUUGGAAUGUGGAUGAUCCGACUCACAAUCUAGUCUUGUAGAUGUUUACUUCAGUUAAGAUGUCUGCUUUCAAUAGAGAAAGAUGUGUGAGUGAGAUGGAGGGAGAGAGAGAGAGAGACAGAUAUAGGUAGAUAAUUCACCGGAUGUUCAUACAAGCUUCUCCCCCUUAUGGUGUUCACCUAUCCUGUUAGCAUGGCAGACGUUAUUUCAACUCUCAACCACUCAAACAGAAAACAGACUCAUUUGAAAUGAAUGAAUGUUGAUGAAGCGAUGUGUAAAUAGUUCAUUUGUUUUGACAGUAUCUUCUCCAAAGUGCUAAGGCAGGGGUGUGUGUGUGUGUGUGCUAACUGAGUAGCUGUCGGGGUCGUAACCAUGUAAGACAUGUUGAUUUCACUGCAGACUCUCUCCAGUCAUGUCUCGUCAUAGAUGUUUUACACCUCUAGACAUGACGACGAGUCUAGUAGAGAUGGGGAACAGCCUCUCCUUCCUCCGCCCUCCCCUCCUCCGUCAUGCCUCCCCCGUCAACACCAUCUUCUUCUCUAGCCGCGUCUUGUCGGCCGCUGCUCGUCUCCACGGCGAUGCCCGCGCGUCUCCUCUUCCUGGUUGUGAUGGGGCUGAAUGUGACCAUGGCUGCAGAAUCUUUCUUUAACGCUCCGAAGUUCUGAAAACAUCCAGUCUGGAUGGAUGUUGUUGUUUACGUUUUCAUGAAUUAACUUGUCGGUGGCUUCCUCUGAGCAAACCCCCUUUCGGUGUGACCCCUGGGUCGAGGUGUCACACUUCUUAGCAGACUUGCGUUCACAAGUGUGGGGGGGAGGGGGGGGGCCAACACCUGUAAGGGUAGAUGGGUAAUCAGCCUUAAGUAUUUACUGAAAAAGAUAUAGAUAUAUAUAUACAUAUAGUGCAAGUGAACAUUUUAAACUUGAAAGUGUGUACAAAGCCUUUAAUUAUCCGUUAAGUGUUUUAUCUCUGAGCCGAUGGCUUCGUGUCCAACACAGCUCUGCUUGCUUCUCUCACCACUUAGGUGGCUGCCUGCCAUGUGACCCGUGGUUCUGUGUGGCGAUUGGCUGCUGUCUGACACCAUGUGACCCGCAUUUCUAUGAGGCGAUUGGCUGAUGUGAUGACAUCAAAAAUCACUUGCAAAACAUGUCCUCCAAUCCAGUACAUUCUGUGACAAAUCAGCCAGUCAAAUUAACUAUCCUUGUAUUAAUAAGACACGGUUUGUGACCGUGCUCCUUGUCACCGUGGCACCUGGUCGCCGUGGCAUCUGCACAUCCAGCCCUCUCUGGUGUACUUGUGUAAUCAUGUUGUGGGAAUCUGCCUUAUUUAAUUUUUCGGGGUCGUGUUCUGAUCGUAUGUGCUACGUUUCUCUUCUGUAAUUGUUGACAUCCAUUCGAGUGAUUUUUACACUUUCACAGUGUUAUUUUGCUAGGAUUUGUUUUAUGUCUUUUUGAUAAAAAAAUUAAUAAAAACCUCCUCAGCAGCUGUGUCUGGUAUGGGGACAGCUAAGCCUCAAACUCUCCUCCUCACCUCCCUUCUCCCCACCCCCUCACCUCCCUCCUCCCCACCCCCUCACCUCCCUCUUACCCACAAACUCCUCCCACCCCAACGCGUAGUACAACAUUCUGCUGUAGUACAAGACUGUAAACAGGAAACUGAA